GUAUCUUUGGUAAAAUGUAUGACAUGAGAUCAAUCUAGCACACGUUUACUUGCUGUAUAAAAAUUAGCAUGGCUCGGUCUAUAAUUGUAAAAGGUACUACCCUUAAAUUUGUGAAAUCAAUCCAGGUGCAUUUUUGUCCGUGGCAGGAUGAUGUGCAUUCAGCUAGGUUGUUUUUAAUGUACAUGUCAUCCAAGUCGAUGCUGGAGACCAACCCAAACUGUGCAGUUACUGGUGUUGUUAAAAACAAUAGAUCUCAACCAACAAUUCAUAUUGGUUUUGAGGAUGGGAAGCAGUUGUUGUUCAAAAGCUCAAAUCUAACAUUACAUGAAAUGUUGAAGAAACUUGUUUCCUGGACAGAUGAACGAGAAAAAAAGGAAGAAGCUUCGUCGUGAUACAUACUAUUUUUAGAGUAUUCCCUUCUUUGAAUUAAGGCAGCAAAUAUAUCAGACGUAUCCACAUGGUUGGAUUUCCCAGGUUGAUACAAUUAUCUGAAUAAAAUGUAUAGAACAGAUGGGUUAAAGCGACUAGAAAAUGCUCUUUGCUAAAAGUUUACCUUUCCGAAGUGUUGGUGAAACUGAACAACUGACCAAUCAGAUUGCUUGGAUGCCAAAACCCACAAUCACACAAGUUUAUGACCACACACAUCAGCCAUGCUUCUCUGUGAGUGGCUGUCUUAUUGUCAGACCUUAGCAACAGUAUCCAAGGGUGGGGCUUUUUGGAAUGGUCCAUUUAUACAAGAGGAUCUUUGACUUCAAAUGGAUAAAAAAAAGUGUAUUAUGUCCAUCCAUCCCAGGUAAUGCUAUCUUGUAGGACAUUUGAAAUAUAGUGAGAAGACACUUACUGGAGUCACUAACUGUUACUCAUCCCUGCUUUUUUAAGUAGCAAAUUCUUAAUGUUUUAUUACAAUGGUCAUGACAGUAUAAUGUGAUGUGACUUGUAAUUAUAAAAUAAAUAAUGUUAUUACUCAAAUUA